CAAAAACGCACCUUCCUAAAUAAUGGCGGCCGCCGACCGAAUCGCAGCAGCGAGCAGCGAUCCCACUCCUCCUCCUCCUCCCCUUGUUCGUCGUCUCCGCGGAAUCGAUCGCGCCGCGCGCCCACGCCCUUCCUCCCUCCCGGAUCCGGCGCGUAAGAGUAAUUGACCUUUGAAGUUCUAUAAGAUGGGUCGUGGUGUUAGCAGCGGGGGUGGUCAGAGUUCCCUGGGCUACCUGUUUGGUGGUGGUGAAGCUCCGAAGUCAGCUGAGAAGCCUGCUCCAGUUCAAAAGCCUGCCCCUUCGUCCUCUGCAGAGAAGCUGAAAGAGAUCCCAGCCGGUAUUCAAAGUAGUAAGGCGAACAAUUACAUGAGGGCUGAAGGUCAAAACUGUGGAAAUUUCCUUACGGACCGUCCGUCAACCAAGGUGCAGGCUGCUCCAGGCGGUGGUUCAUCACUUGACUAUCUCUUCAGUGGCAACAAGGAUGGCAAGUGACGGUCACUCUGCUGUCCGGUUUACCAUGAGCUCUGGAUGAAAGGUUUCUGCUCAACAAAAGCAUGUUUUCCCAUGAGUAACUAACUAUCCAAUGUAUCUGCUCAUGGUAUGUCACAGAAACUGUUGUUAUGUAUGCAUGUGUCUGUGCUUAUUCUGUGUUGAUGUAUGCGUGUGCUUAUCAGCAGCUACUUGUGCAAUGAACUGAUGGUAUGUUCAUCCUGUUGCAUGUUAGUUCAUGGAACCGGGUCUUUAUGCUAACAUUAAUGUGCUUGCUUCUUUAAUGUAUAAUAACUGUGUUCUAGUUGUGUCAUACCCCUCGGAUUGGACAUGGUUGUGGUUUGAUGCUCAUUGUUGAAGCAAGAAAUGUCUCUGUUCUGGGUGGCAUAUUUGUGAUAUGUUUUC